AUGAUGAAGAAACAAUUGAUACUUGGAGUGAUUUUGCUCGGCCUCUUAAUGGUUUUCUUGAACACUGCACAAGUGGAAGCCGCUAGACUCGACGGUGAGAUCCGAUUCGUGUUCCAGCUGCUGCAACGGGGUCAGGUUCCAGUAUCAGGUCCAAACGGUUGCACAAACAUCCCAGGAGGUUCGGGCACGUGCCACGGCAACUGA